CUGCCUGCACGCCUGGAGUUUAGCCUUGAGUUGAAUUCCUAAGUGAAGCCUAAGCUAGUAAGUUCAAGGUUCAGGGCCACCUGCUACUGUUCAGUUUGUCCCCAAAAACAAAAUGCCCAAUUGGGGACCUUAAGAUGUGCACCAGUGCCAUAGGCUCUUGUGACCUCUUGCUAGUGGGAAUCCUGCCGGGCACACUCCAUAUGCAGGAGACAAGUGCAGCCUGUCAUGCCUGGUGUGUGGUUCAGAAGGCACCUGUCCUUCCCUGGACAGAGCAGCCAGCUAUGACUGAAGGCCAUGAAGGCCUUAACUGGUCCAGUGCAGAGCUGCACUCAGGUGAGUUGGGGGGGGAGGGUCCAGGAAGCACAGAGUCCAGGGCCAGGACUGCAGGCAGGAGGGUGUGUGGCUCAGGCUGCCACCCCACAGCAGUGUCCUGGGUAAGCCCGCCAAAACCCCGACUUUGCUGGGGGACCCCAGAAGCCUGACUGGAGCAGAACAAGCUUAACAUGUUGGUGGCCAGAGAGGGGCAGUUGGUGUCUGCCAAGGAAACAGGAACUCGAGUGGAGCCCCGCCUGUACAGGCUGUAAAAGCUGAGUAAGCGUUGAGGUUGUGUUGCUGUUUAUUGUCAUGAGAUGCACAGGAUGCACUAACAGAUUGAGCAGACCCUGGGUUCUGCAUCUUCAAUGAUGCCACCAAUGAUUCCAGAGCAUUGUCACCAACUGAAGACUGGGCAUCCACUUCCUUUCCUGGAUCUCUGUAUCAUGGACCCACCCACUUUGUGGUCCUUGACUCUGGGUCUCUGAUGAGCACCCUGGCCACCCAUGUCCCCUUCCUUGGAUGUGUCUUGAGGACACAGAUGGGGUGUGGCCCACUCUCCUGCUGUGGGACACAGGGAAGAAGGAAACACUCCAGGAGGUCCCAGCCCUACUUUGGUCUCAGUCCCACACAGGGAAGUAAGCUGAGGUCAUGGACUGGUUGACCACUUCCCUGUUGCUGGGAUACCUUUGUUCCUGUCAACAAUGGCCCCAGGGCCUUGGUGAUUAGAGCCUGUGGGAAGACAAGGCCAGACAUGGAAAACCAGAGGCGGGAGGCUACUAGGCCCUCUGUUCCCUCAGGCACCCUUGAACUCUACUUCCCUGACCAUCUAUACCGCAAUGACUACCUGUCCCUGGAGGGACCCCGUUGGGCGCCGGCCAUCAAGCAAGCCACUCGCUGGAAGUUCACGCCCAUGGGACGGGACGCGGCCGGCCAGGUGUGGUACACUGGACUGACCAACUCGGACCCAUGCGAUGCCUGGUACAUGCUGCCCCGCGCACUCGACAUUCCGUAUCGCGAGGCCCACACGCGCUGGCAUGGCUGCUUCCUGAGUCGCCAGCGUGGCCUCCCGCCCGCCUACACACAGCACUUGCGGGAGAUGGCCUUCUGGGACCCUGCGAUACCCGCGCAGUACCUCAACCCUGGCCCGCGCUGGGGGUGUGUGCAGUGGAGGGACAGGCAAAUCCGUGGCAAGGAGUUUGUGGUCACCAGGAACCAGUUCGGGGCAGUGCCGCGGCGGUCUGACUACGUGCCGCACCUGUCGCCGCCACAGCGGCCACGCUUCACCGCGCAGGACUUCAAACAGCGGGGCCUGGAGCGCCCCUGCCCGGCCACCGGCCAGCCGCCCCAGGCUUUCACACCCUCGCUCUGA